AUGCCGAAGCGCUCCUGCCCCUUCGGGGACGCGGCCCCGCUCCAGCUGAAGACCCGCGUGGGGCUGCGGGAGCUGAGCCGCGGCGUGCGGGGCGAGGAAUACCGGCGGGAGGUGUUCGAGAGGACCCGGCGGCUGCUUUUCAGGGGUGCCCAGGCGUACAUGGAGGGCUCGGCAGCCGCCGCCCGUCCGGCGGAGCCGGGGCCGGCCGGGGAGGCGCAGGGCGAGGGGCCCCGCUGGAGCGGGCAGCUCCUCAUCGGCCACGACGGGAAACUGCGGCGGCGGCCCGCGGAGAGGGUUCCGCCGGUGGGAGCGUCCAGAGCCUGCUCGUCGUGUGUGAGAACGGCCGAUGUGAAGGACGCGUGUGCUCACUGUGACCGGUUCGUCUGCCAGAGCUGCAGCAGGCUCUGCAGCUGCUGUAACACGGUUACCUGCUCUUUGUGCUCCGCUGUUAAUUAUGGUGAUAUGGGAGAGCAAGUUCUCUGCAAUGGUUGUUCAGUAUUUCAAGUCUGAAACUCGAUGAAAUAACCCUUGUGGCUAAAACGUCCAUGAAUUUCAUGAAGUCUUCUUACAGCUGACCAACUAAUCCUUUUAGCAUGUGAAUUAGUUAUGGAGUUUCUAAGUUUUAUAUCUUUAUAUUGUACUUUUAAAUACUGUAGCUGAAUAAACAUUUAUAUUUUAAAGCUUUUUAGAUUAUUUUGAGUCGGCUUUCUCCUUUUCCCUAGUUGUGAUAUGCCUGUCUGGAAGGGACCACUGUGCUCUCACCUGGUGUUCCUGAUGUGAUGCAGGAUUCAGAAUAUUCUCUCCACAUGUUGGUCAUGUUAGGACACGCUUUUGUGGGAUCAGAAUAGAAAUCAGUUGCUCCUUCUGUUCUUUCAGCACUAAUAAAUGAAGCAGGAUGAUGACAGAUCUCUG